AUAGAGGCGACGGGCUAGAGGCUUUCAGCAUACCACAGGGCUAAACUGCGGCGUGAUUUCCCUUUUGGGUUUAUUUUAAGUCGGCAAAAGGGCAACUUAUCCUAUUUUUGUAGAAAAAUCAACAAAAGGAAAAUCCACAAUGUCUUACAGACAGCAAAGAGAGAAUGAAGAAGAGGAGGAUCGGGAGACAAUUCGGUUCAGAAAAAUUUUCAAGGAAGUUUCGGGUCCGGAUAUGGAGGUUGAUGCCUGGGAACUUCGGGACAUUCUAAAUUCAGCUCUACGACAAGAUCUACGUCGUGAACGUUUUAGCCUUGAAUCCUGCAAGAGUAUGGUGGCUCUCAGCGAUGAUGAUCGCACUGGCAAACUUAGCUUUAAUGAGUUCAGAGAGCUUUGGGACAAAAUCUGCGAAUUCAAGGACUUAUUCCAGAAGGCAGAUUCUGAUAAUUCUGGGAUGAUUAACACGAACGAGAUGAGAGUGGCUUUAGCAUCCCUUGGCUUCAAGCUAAAGAGUGACGUCAUCAAAGGAUUAGGUUUGACAUACGGAGAUAAGGAUGGUAACCUCUCAUUUGCUAAUUUUAUCCACGUGGUCAUUAGAGUCAAAUAUAUUCACAAUGCCUUCGAAUCUAAGUGUCGCGGUGAUAAGGCUAGAUUCAGCCCAGAAGAGUUCCUCGUUGCGGAGAUCUACUCUUAAAUUCUCCCGAUGUCAAAGUGGAUUGUUAGACGCAGCUCGGUGAUUUCAUACCAAAAUAGACAUAGAAUGGUAUAUUAAAAGGCAAAUAGUUGCAUGAAAAAUUACAAAGUUACUUGUAUCUUUUCGUGAUGAAAUGCGUUUAUAUAUCUAUUAUCAUAAUUUUUAUUAUAUCUAGUAUAUUAGGUAUUUUCUUAACUGCUUAAAGGAAAAGGAGAGUUUCAAAAUGUAGUAAGCGUUUUAGAUUGAUCUUUUUUCAUUGUCUGUAUUCGUCUUUUUCUAAUCCUUCAUAAUCUCCUUCUCGAUGCAAAAAAAACCUUGGUAUUCUGGCAGUUCUACUGGAUGGUAUUUAACUUACAUAUUAUAGAAACCCUAUAUUUUGAUUGGCCACUGAUCAUUUUCACCAUGGCGAUAACCACCUGUUUUUUUAUACAAUGCGACCUAGAAGUAGGUGUUUUGAUCAAGGUUGGAUUCAAUACUUACAUAAAUUAUUUUGGAACACCCCGAGAUAAUAUCAAUGAUCAUUUUUUUGUACAAGAAAGGAGUUUUCACCUGACAAAGGAUGCAAUAUUUGUCUUUCAAAAUCUUUAAAAAUAAAUCAAGAGUAAACGUAGCUAUAACUAAUAAAAUAAAGAAAAGGAUAAUGUUGUCAUAAACUCAUACCAAAAAAAAAAGCCAUGUACUGUGAGUUUUUUGUAAAAAUGGUCGCUUUGCCCCGAACGGACUCCGCCUCUGAUUACGAUCAAUAAUUUUAAUCCGUUAAACAAAUUAUCGUUCGGUGUAUGUGACGUGACAAUCAGAAGUAGAUAUGAACAUGGUGGUGAAUGGAAUUCUUUUAAAAACAGCUUUUAUGUCAUGAUAGAUAAAGUGAGCAAUGUGAGUAUUAUUCAUAGAAUCUAAUUACCUAAUUGAUAUUAAUUAAGUAGGGUAAUCUGGGUCCCGUACACAAAAGGUUAGCGAUUAUCCGGAUACGCUUGACUUUCACGAUUAACUAUUAGUCAAUGUAAUCAAUCGUUAAAAGUGUUCUAUGAUUGCUAUCCAUUUUGUUACGGGCCCCUUUCCCAACCUAGUAUACAUGUUGUUUUUUCUAGAAUAUUUGAAUACCUGUAAAAAAAAAACAGUGCUCUUAAACUUGUUAUGUUAUAGUGUUACUGAACCAAGCAAACCUGAAAAGACAUUGAGUUUCCUAAAGUGCCUCAAUCUAAAAGAUGAGAAUAUUCAUAUUUCACAAAACGCGAAUUAUGGUUUUAUAUCCUGACUCAUCCUGAGGAACAUUUCAUGAGAAGUUUUGUCAGUGAUUUCACUUAUAUUCAUCUGCCGAUUCAAUUAGAUGCAAUGGUUCAGUAUAGGUGUUAACAAUAGUCGGUGAAAAUCGUUGACUUAUAAUUGUUUCAUAAACUGAUCCCAUAUAGCUAAUUAAUUGAGCCCUCUCUCUCAAAAAGAAAUGUUUUAAUCAAACCUAACACUAAUUGCGCACCAAAUAUUUAUGUUUAAUCUUAAUCGUUUCAAUCAUGAUCAUGAGCCAUCUGUGUGUCAAAUUGUCAAUUACUGUCAUCAAGUGAAAACAAGGUAGGCCUAUAUAUACCUGUAUAUACUGUGUCAGUUUCUUGAUUUAUAAUAACUAUAACUAUAAAUGCAUUGAAAAUGUCCUUUUUGCAUGUUAUAUUUUGCGUUAUUAGCACGAGUGUGUUAAGCACACUGAAUCACUGCAAGAAUUACGAGAAAUAGGAAAUGAAAUAUUAAAUAGUCAAUGUAUAAUCUUUAUUUCAUAUACGCUUCGCCUUUUCAAACAGAAAUAAUGUAAGCAUUCUCUCCAAACCUGCAAAAAUAAUAGUUUUGAAUUAAAGUGUUUUCUAAUAUUAAACAUCUAAAAAAACAAAA